GCGGACGGCGGCUGUGGCCAGAGCGAGAGCAAAAACCAGUGGGGUAUAAUAAUAAUAAAAUUCAACAGUCACGUACCAUCAGCCAGUAGCAUUCUACCAGACCGAGCGAGAGGCAACCAACCAGUCGUCAGUUUAUUUUCAGCAGUGGUCGUAGUAGGUGAUGCUUUUUUUAACACGGCGCUCGCCAUUUUAAUUCUACAAUACUGGUUAGUUGGUUGGUAGGUUGGGGUUGGCACUUCAGGGGUUUCUCGGCUUCGGGGGUCAAUGUCGCACAGCAGCAGUACCAUCGCAAUGGCCAACGGACAGAAUCCGGCUCCGGCGGGGAUCUUCAAGGAUGAACUGGACGACUUCGAGCGCUUCGCCCUGGAAAAUCUGGUCCGGAACGAGUGGGGUCUCAAAGUGACCACCCUGAAUCGAUUGAUGUAUUGUGGAGUUUCGGUCGAAUGUUUGGAAGUGAUUGAGGAGCACGAUCUGAAUGACAUAUUCAACGACGACAGAGCCAUCGGACAGAAGAUACUGCUGCGGCAUCGGUUGCGCGAGUGGCGAAAGGGACUGCACUGGAACUCCCCGGAACAGCCAACACCAAAACGGCGCUACGAACGUCACUCCGUCGACCCGCUAGAUCUGGAGAAGAAACCUCGCAUCACCACCAGCAACUCCCUCGUCCACGAGGUCGCCACACCAAACAUCAUCCUACCGGACACCCGUAAUCUUUCCGGGAUCGCCUCGUCAUCCACGUCCACUUCGUCCUCGAUGACGCCUACCCAGGUGGCCAACACCGCCGGUAACGUGAUUUCCGACGCCGGCAAUCUGCCCAUUCAGAUCACCCCGGAAGCGCUGACCGCUUUCCUCCAGGGCAGCCGAUCGGGACGCUGGGUACUGAACUUCUACGCCGAGAAUCACCACCUGGACAAGAAGGCUCUGACCGAGCUGACGCACGUCGUCGUGGAACCGUUCCUGGUCUUCAACAUCACCUUCACGCACGCAAUGAUGCGACACUACGCCGAGGUGAUCAUCCAGCUGUUCCCGUCCGAGCAGAUCGAAACCUUCUACUGCCCGCGGAACACGAUCCGGAAGAAUCCAACCGGAAAGCUGUACGAUCGGUACGUGAACCAGCGGCUUCGGUACAAAACCAAGUUCAAUGCCCAACGGCCGACGUUCGUUCCGGAUAGUCAGACGCAACGGACGUUCGCCGAGAUGAGCACCGUCGGGAUAUCGGUGAUGCAGCAGCAGUAUCUGGACUAUGGCACCGAUCCGCGGGAGUUCAACAGGACUCCCACGCAGGCCGAGAGCUUCAGCGAGGAAUCGAUGAACAUCUACGGCGCUGACGAGGGAUCCAUGGGAUCCAUCCUGAUCGAUGGCAAUUGAACGGGUGUGUUUUUAGAACAGUACUGAGUCGAGUUAAGAUAAUGAUAGUUUAAGAAAAAAA